UUUAACUAAAUACUAAUAUUUACAUUAUUCAAUAAAUGUAGUAUAAUUCUAAUACAAAAUAUAAUCACGAAAUAUAUAUAUAUAUAUAUACGGUUGAUAAAUUGUAUAUAUAAUAAUAAAGAACCAUUAAACAAUUGUAUCUCCAAAAUAAAACUCCGAUCUUAAUUUUAACGGUGCAAAAUUUUCGAUUUUUAAAGUUCACUAGUCUAGACUUUCUUAUGUCUAAUGCGCUUUUUUCAAGUCAUUGUAUUGCUCGCAAUUUCGCAAGGUAAAGAUACUUCCAAAAUGUUGCAUUAGAGAUCAAGAUUGCAUACUUGCAGCGGUUUACACAUAACAAGCAAAAAAUAAUUCAGAUUUCUUUUUUUAAGAAAAACACAAACUUCAUAACAAUUCCUCAAAAGAUUACAACUCGUGCAGCCAAACAUGUGUACAAAGCAACAGCUCAUAUGAAACUAUUUUUACAAUCUAGCAGUUCGUUUUCCGACCCUCCCAUUGUCAAUAUUGAUUUUCAUCUUCGCAUAGCUACCCACAUUAAAUUCGAAACUCCAACGUGUAUUAUAGAAGUACCACAUUACCCCAACAGAUUUACUGGUAUAGCAUAUUGCACCCUUCUACCUAUUCCUGUAAUGUAAAAUAUAAAAUUUCCCUUUUUCUCAAAAUUACAUAUACAAAGGUUGCGUGAGCGUAAAGUCGACACUUCCAACAGCGUUGUAUAUCAUUUCAAUGAAACGUAUGUUACUUCCUACGUACUUACUUCCUAUCGCGGAUAGGAUGUGCAUCGAUAAAAUUACAUAGCGCUCAACGAAGAAUAUUAUUGAACGUUCAAACUCUAAGUUAAAACGCUUUUCUGCAGAGUUUGUGUAGGACAACAGUCUAUGUUGUAGAUUCUACAAUAGAAGAAUAAUAGACAAAUUAAAAUAAUGUAUAGUUCCUCUGCAAUGUCUGGAAAGUAUCUGAGAAGUAAAUUACAUAGUGUACCUUGAAUAUCACAGUGAAAGCACUUACAUGCAUAUUUUGCUAACUCUUACUAUGAACUUUUCUAUUGAUGGACACGCAACGCUAUCAAUGUAUAUCCUUCAUACAAAAUAAAAGUACACACAAAAAAGAAAAUAACACGUUUGUGUUAAUUUCCCUCAGUUAUACCAGUGCUUCAAAUUCACUCAGUACAUUGUACAAUACAACGACUAGCGAAAACUUUUCCGCUCUCCUUGUAUCAGUUUGCAAAUAUACGCGCACAAUAUACGUAACAGAACGUAGUCAUGCAAAGAAAAGUGACGUUAAAAGAAAUAUUUUUUAUCCUGAAAUUAAGUCUAGGCCCAAUUUGGUGUUGGCCGUUGCCAAAAAAUGCGACAAAAUUAAAAAUGUUCUGUAUGAAACUAUAUCAAUUUUGGUGUAUCAUUAUGGCGAUAUGCUUAGAUCUGUCGUUAUUAUAUGGCGUUUCAAAUCAUAUCAAUAAUAUUGCAUAUGUAGUACAACAAUUACUUUUAUCAAGCAGCAGUAUACAUAUUAUAUGUAACUUUAUUUCUUAUCAAAUGAAAUAUCAUAACAUACAAAAUGUUACUCACAAAAUGGAAAAAUUUUGCGAUUUAAUAAAGCCACGUGAAAAAGUUGUUAUUCAACGAUAUAUUGACAAGUGUCUUGUAUUUUAUUGUACAAUCAUGUGUAUUUUCUAUUCUGUUGCGAUUUUUACGAUCGUACUGUUACCUACACUGCAGCAUCAACCAUUUCCAACAUUGGCCGAAUAUCCUUUUGACGUGUCUCAUCAACCAUUAAAAACAAUAAUCUAUUUAUGCCAAUCUGUAGUCGGGAUAAUGACAUCAGCACAUCUAUGCCUAAAUGUUUAUAUGGCUCUAUUGCUUUGGUUUACAUCGGCAAAAUUUGAGAUGCUAAUUGAAGAAAUGAGGGAAACUACAAAUGUCUAUCAGUUGUUCAAAUGUAUUAAAGUACAUCAAGAAUUACUCAAAUAUGCAGAAGAAGUUAUUUUCGUUGUCCGUCCUUUCGCAUUUAUCGCUGUGUCUUGUGCCACAUUUAGUGCAAUACUUGUCUUUCUUGUGUUUGUUACACAUCAAUCUAUAACACUAAUGUGUCAAUUUGCGGGAUUAUUUAUAAUAACUUUAGCAGAAGUAUACAUGUAUGCUUGGCCAGGAGAACAAUUAAUAUCUAUGUCAAGCACAAAGAUAGCACAAGCAGCAUUCGAUAUAUUUCGAGCAAAAGGACAAUCAAUUAAAAUGCAUAAAUGUCUGCAGAUUAUUAUAAUGAAAAGUCGAAAACCAAUAAUUGUUUCAAUACCGUGUUUUCUGCCUGAAUUAUCUCAUAAAUACUUUUCAACGUUCUGUUCAACUAUAAUGUCUUAUUUCACAACGCUGCGCAUAAUUAUUUUGGAAGACGAAAAUAAUUAAAUCCAAACAUGGUAUUACACAGAUUUAAAAUAAUAGCUUCAAACAAUUUUAGUAUUUACACAAAAAAACAUCCGAUAUUUCGUAAUCUUGUAAAAACAUACAUUAAAAUAUACAAUUACUUGACUUAUACAUUGUACAAGUAAGAAUGUAUAGACUAAUGUCUUAUUUUUAAAAUCAAUGCAUUAUUAUUAUUAUCUAUAUAUUAAUGUAAAAAAUAUAGCAAUAAAAAAUUAUAAUAUAUGAAAAGCAAGUAAAAAGCAAUGAUAAGCUUUUAGAACCCAUAUAUGAUAUGUCUUAAAUGAUUCUGACAAUCCACCAAUCUUAAUAAAUUCCAUAAUUAAUCAAUUUUAUCACGUAUUACAUCACAUAAUUAAUAUACAAGUAAUAACAUUUAACUAUUAGAUAAACCAGAAGUAAUGUCGUUUUUUAUAAAUAAUAUAAGAUAAUGUAAACAGUAAUUUUGUUAAUGUAAUUUAUUAAGUAUAAUCAAAAAUUAUUUU